AUGCAGCAAAGAAAAUCAUCAUUAGGAAGGCCUUCUGGAACCGAUGGUUCUGAUUAUUCCUACCGUAUGGUCGUUGAUUCAAGGUAUCAACUUGUUGCAAAGGGAAAGAAUCGCCUCUCUGUGCUAUUUAUCAUUGAGGCUUUGUUUCUGUUAAUAGGAGUGGUGUUUGCAGUUUUACCAGGAAAAAAGGACGACACAACAAAUAUAGUUGCCAUUUCUUCUGUUAUUGCUAGUGUUAUUUUGUUGAUCAUUGGUGAUUUAGGUAGAAGACGAAGCCGGUCGAGUCUGUUGAGAUUAUAUGCCAUUCUAUCUUCCUUAGCACUGCUUCUCUUCACUGCUUCUCUUGCCCACGAGUAUUCCCUGCUGAAGAUUAUCCAGUAUUAUAGAAAUCGGGGAACAAGCAGUUUUGAUGUUGAUUUUCUUGCUCUUCAAAUUGGUUUGUUGGUAUAUAUACUCACUUUAUCAGUGUUCAAGAUUAUUAUCAUCAAAGCAGUUGUUUUCCUUCUUUUUAACAUGACGCCUCCCAAGAAAACCUCAUAG